CCUGUGGCGUAUCCCUGCGCCCCAGGCUGCGGGGUUCCUGCCAUCUACCCCGUGCUGAGUGGCCUGUCCAGGAUCGUCAAUGGGGAGGACGCUGUCCCCAGCUCUUGGCCCUGGCAGGUGUCCCUGCAGACCAGCUCCGGCUUCCACUUCUGCGGGGGCUCCCUCAUCAGCCAGCACUGGGUGGUCACCGCCGCCCACUGUGGGGUCAGGAAGACCCACCGUGUGGUGGCCGGGGUGUCGGAUCUUGGCUCUGACGAGGAGGCUGUCCAGGUGCUGAGGAUCGCCAAGGUUUUUGAACACCCGCUGUGGGACCGGUAUGCAGGUCGCAACGACAUCGCCCUGCUGAAGCUGGCCACCCCUGCCCGCCUCUCGAAGACCGUGUCCCCUGUCUGCCUGCCCAGUGCCAACGCCAGCUUCCCUGCGGGCUCCCUCUGCGCCACCACAGGCUGGGGCAAGACCCGGCAUAAUGGUGAGUGUCCUUGCAGGUGCUGUUUAGGAGCAAGAUUCGUUCUGAUUUUCGGUCUAAAUUCCAAGCACAAUUGUAAAUUGCAAGUCAUAAAUCUUUCCAUUUCUUUAUUUAAAACCCUCUUAAUUAAAAGCCUCCCAAACACGAAUAAAAACGAGGUGGAAUAGUGAUACACUUGAACCGGAAGUUGAAGAAACACCUAUAAAUUACACUCCAUCAUAUAUUACGGAUAUCAUCAAUAUAUAACCAUCAUAUGUCCCGCUCACCACCUGCGUCGAGUGCCGCAGCGUCCUACGGCCAGCCCGGCCUUUUCUCCAGGCCUGGGGCGGGGGGGUCCAGCUCGCCAUGAAGU